CUCUCUUUACGUCUAAUUAACACUCUCCGGGCUCGUAGCAGCUGAAUAACGUUACUGGUAGUGAUACACAACCUCUGCAUUGCUCAAAGCCUUAAUCAGUAGAAGGCACUUCAUACCGCGCAUAUCUAGCAUAUAGUUCAUCAUGAACCACACUACCGACAAAGACAUCGAAUCCAUACUACUGGAAGCCAGUUCUGCUUCAAACGUUGCAUUACCCAACCAAGUACCAACACAGUUCUAUGCUGAAGCCGACACACAUUCAACGGAGACGGCCCCCCAGCCUCGCCCUAGAUCCCAGAGCAACGCAUCGAGGUAUACCAACACCGAUGCCAAAUCCAUGUAUUCCGCCAGAUCCGACUUCGGGCACAUCAUUUCUAGAACCAACACCGCACACUCCAACCCGGUUGCUCGUGCUAUCACGCAGCUUGUAGAGGCCGUCAGAGAUGAUAAUAUUAUCACCGAGAAGCAGCACGCCUCAGAAGAAAUGGUAAUUCCAGAUACAGGGUUGAAUAUCAUAGAGAAACAGGUAACGAGACAGAUAACACGCCACACUGACUGUGAUGUCGCCACAACCGGUUUUUCCAGUGGAGUUGAUCGCCGUAACUCGGAUCCUGAGACGAGGAUUGAAUAUCACGGAACGGAAGAAAAAGAUAGUCUGAGCGACGAAGCGGUAUUUGACCCUACCAACGGUGCACCAGAUGGAGGGUACUCGUGGGUGAUUGCGGUGUGUUGUUGUUUUCUCAGCUCGGCAACCUGGGGUGCUAACGCUUCGUACGGUGUGUUUUUGAACUAUUUCAUCUCUUCAAACUAUUUCCCGGGUGCUACCGAUUUCGACUUUGCCAUGAUUGGUGGACUCGUCAUUGGAAUUUCUACCGCCUUUGCGCCCUUUGUGUUCAUUCUUGUCUCCUAUAUCGGUUUGAAGCCAACCAUGUUGCUAGGAGUCUCGAUCCAGACCUGUGGCUAUAUUUUGGCCGGUUUCGUGAAAACAAAGGCAGGGUUGUACUGUACCCAGGGUAUGAUGAUUGGCUUGUCGUUUGGGAUGAUUUUUACGUCCAGUAUUGCCAUUUUGCCUAACUGGUUCUACUAUAAGCGAUCCAUUGCUGCUGGUAUGACCGUCAGUGGCUCGGGGCUUGGCGGCGUCAUUUUCUCCUUGUCCGCCAACAGCUUGAUGCAAAGGACCGGAAGCCAUAGAUGGCCCCUCAUCAUGGUGGGGCUUGUCACCUGUGCUAUCUGUGUCACCUGUAUUGUGUUGAUCCAGGAACAUCCAAAAACCUCGCCAAAAUACAAGUCCAAGGCCCCUCGCCCUGGCCUUUGGCCUACAAUCCAGGUAGUACUUAAUCCCCGCAUCGUUCUAAACGUCGAGGUUACCUUGGUUGGUCUCUGGUUUAUGUGCUGUAACGUCGGUUAUAUCACGUUACUCUUCUCCAUGUCGGCGUACGCCAGCUCCGUGGGCUUGACGCACCAGCAGGGGUCCAACCUCACCGCUAUCAUGAACGUGGGGCAGUUUGUUGGGCGUCCCACGAUGGGACACUUUUCCGACAGAUUUGGCAGAAUUAACUUCAGUCUCAUGAUUUCGUUCACCGUUGGUGUACUUAUUUUCGCAUAUUGGGUCAACGCCGAUACUUACGGGAGUCUCAUUGGCUUUGCUUUGUUGACUGGCUUUACGGUGGGUAUUGGUGCGGUGAAUAACCAGCCGUUAGCUGUCGAUGCUUCGGGCUUAGAGAUGUUCCCAGCCGCAUUCAGUUACUUGAGUUGGAUUAUUUCUCCUCUCCUGGCCUUUUCCGAAGUAAUCGCUUUGAAGUUGAAAAAACCGCAACUGUCAAGACCGUUCUUGUACUGCCAGAUUAUGACCGGGUGUUUCAUCAUGUUGGGGUGUCUCUUACUCAUGUUGAUGCGCGAAUUGAAGAUCACCAGAGUGAUUGUUCAGCGUAAGGGGGCACUCGAGGAGCAUAUACGAGUCCACACCUUUGCUGAAGGAUCUAUUCAAAGUGGCAAAGAGCUUCAGGAGUUGACGCCAGAAGAGAUUGAGACGAACGAGAGGAGAUUACACAAGUAUGAGUUCUUGCUCAGGGGUGGGGUCAAAGGUUACUUGACCCGUAUGUUUUACCCAAUAAAGGUAUAAUCAUGGCAAAAAUAUAUAUUCUGAGCCAUUAUUAGAUUUUAGUUCUCGUGU